CUAGUGACCUGCUUCGUACUGUCCGUUCGCGGCCUCGUCACUUCCUCGUCCGCGCACGCCAGCGUCCGCCGCCGCAGGAAUCGUAAGCUGCUCUUCCGUUCGUACGGUCCGCGCCGCCGCCGCUAUUGCUCACUGUCUUGACGCGACCGCCGCACACGGUCCACCGGGCUUCGUCAGUGCACCGGAGGCCUUCCGCUACCACUCCCUCUAAUCACCAAAAGAUGGUUGUCAUGUGAAGAUGGAUCUUUACUGGUUAUUAGCUUCAACUGUAAUUUAUGGCUAUAAAAGCUUCUUUACAAAACUUCAACUCCAUUUCACGUAACCCCUUUCUGAAAGCCCAAACUCUUGCAAAUUUGUUGCAGCUGUUCAACUGCAAUCAUAGCCACCAUCACCACCUCCAACCCAUCCAUGCCCAAUUUAUUGUCAGCGGAUUCAAUUCUGACCUAUUCCUGAGUAAUCUUCUUCUCAAUGGCUACUCAAAAUCUGGUCACCUUCGAUACGCUCGACGACUGUUUGACAGAAUGCCUGCUACCAAUUUGAUCUCUUGGUCAUCAAUGAUUUCCAUGUAUGCUCAGCAUGAUCAAGCGGGAGAAGCUAUUUCUCUCUUUCGCUUUUUCUGUAGGUCCUCCUUUCAGUGUCCCAAUGAGUUCAUACUUGCAAGUGUCUUGCGUGCUUGUGUCCAGUUGCGCAUGCUCAAUUUUGCUUGCCAAGUUCACAAUCUCAUUGCAAAGACUGGUUUUUCUGUUGAUAUUUAUGUGGGUACUUCAUUGAUAAAUGCAUAUGCAAAGGCUGGGAGCAUGGAUGAGGCAAUGUUAAUAUUUAAGGAGCUCCCAGUGAGAAAUUCUGUAACCUGGACGGCAGUCAUCACAGGAUACUCCCAGAUAGGAAGAAGUUGGGUGUCAUUAGAGUUAUUUGAUGAAAUGAGGAAGUACAGAAUUCAACCUGACAGAUUUGUUCUUUCAAGUGUCAUUAGUGCUUGCUCCGAUGUAGAUUUUCUCAAAGGUGGAAGGCAAAUUCAUGGCUACCUAUAUAGGAGUGGGGCCGAGAUGGACAUUUCAAUUAACAAUGUUCUCAUUGACCUCUAUUGCAAAUGUUGCAGAAUACAAAUUGCACGAAGACAAUUUGACUCAAUGAAUGACAGAAAUCUUGUCUCUUGGACCACAAUGAUUGCAGGGUAUAUGCAAAAUUCAUUGGAUUCUAGUGCAAUCAAUCUGUUUUCAGAAAUGACUCAACUUGGAUGGAAGGCUGAUGGGUUUGCUUGCACAAGUGUUCUCAAUUCUUCUGGGUCUUUGGUUGCCUUACAUCAAGGGAAGCAAGUGCAUGGGUAUGUAAUCAAGGCUAAUUUGGACUGUGAUGAGUAUGUUAAGAAUGGACUUCUUGAUAUGUAUGCCAAAUGCAAUUCACUGGACUAUGCAAGAAAUGUUUUUGAUUGCAUGACUGAAUAUAAUGUGAUCUCUUAUAAUGCGAUGAUUGAAGGAUAUGCUAGACAUGAGAAGCUUGUCGAGGCAGUUACUCUAUUCAAUAGGAUGAGAUCAAGAUCAGUGAAUCCAAGUCUUUUGACAUUUGUGAGCCUCCUCGGUGUAUCAGCUUCACUUUUGGCUGUAGACUUGAGCAAACAAAUUCAUGGCCUUAUGAUCAAAGAUGGAACAGCACUGGACUUAUUUGCAGGUAGUGCCCUAGUUGAUGUUUACUCCAAAUGCUCAUUUGUGGAUGAUGCAAGAGCUGUUUUUGAAAAGAUGGAGGAUAGGGAUCUUGUGGUGUGGAAUGCCAUGAUUUAUGGAUACACUCAGAAUGGGCAAGGGGAAGAGGCUCUCAAGCUCUUCCACCAACUCCAAGUUUCUGGUUUGAUACCGACGGAGUAUACUUUUGUUGCUCUCAUCAUUGUUGCUAGUAAUCUUGCUAGUCUGUUCCAUGGGUUACAAUAUCAUACCAUGAUCAUUAAGACAGGAGUUGACUUUGAUCCUCAUGUUUUGAAUGCCUUGAUUGAUAUGUAUGCAAAAUGUGGUUGCAUCAAUGAGGCCUGGACAUUAUUUGCUUCCACUCCUGGGAGAGAUGUCGUGUGUUGGAACUCAAUGAUAUCAAGAUACGCCCAACAUGGACAUGCAAAUGAUGCCCUAAAACUUUUCCAGAUGAUGAUACAAGAGGAAAUCAAACCAAACUAUGUAACAUUUGUCGGCGUGCUAUCGGCAUGUGUCCAUGCAGGUCUUGUUGAGGAAGGAUUGCGUCAUUUUCAUUCUAUGGAAGACAUAUAUGGGAUUGUACCAGGGAACGAACAUUAUGCUUCGGUGGUUAGUCUUUUGGGAAAAGCGGGGAAAGUGCACGAAGCAAGAGAAUUUAUCAAGAAAAUGCCAAUUGAACCAGCUGCAGUUAUUUGGAGGAGCUUACUCAGCGCAUGCCAAGUAUUUGGUGAUGUAGAAUUAGCGAAGUAUGCGGCCGAAAUGGCAAUAUCAGCUAAUCCCAAACACAGUGGACCUUACGUGUUACUGUCAAAUAUUUUUGCUUCUAAGGGAAUGUGGACUGAUGUAGAGGAAGUUAGGAAGGAAAUGGAACAUUGUUUAACAACAAAGGAACCUGGAUACAGUUGGAUUGAAGUGAUGAAGGAGAUUCACGUUUUCAUUGCGAGAGGUAGAGAACAUAAGCAAGCGGAUCUGAUCUACUCCAUACUCGAUGGGCUAACAAAACUCAUUAAUGAUGUUGGAUAUGCCUCUGAUAUUACCCUACUGUCGACCUAUGAUUGAUUGAGAAAUACCAAAGACAAUUAUACAUCAUGUGGUGAAAAUGAUACUAUAACUUUGUUGAGAUGUUUACCACACUGCCUGUUUUACAAGAAAAUUUCACUCUUCCUGUCGUUUUGCUGCAACAAAGCUGAGUAAAUAACAGAGGUAGAACAUUCCGUGACGGGAGAGGUUUCUAAAUGCCUAUUUCAGCGAAUGAAUUUUCUUUUCCCAAUCAUAGUGAAUUAUUAUCUUCUUUACCCUGAUCAAUGAGUAUUUGAGUUACAUUUAGAACUGAAACAUUCCUUCUUUGCAUUUCAGGUCUUGUAUUGGAUAUUCAUGAAUUACCUGAAGACCUUGCUGCCAAUUUCCUGUCCAAGCUAUUCUGUCAGAUCGACAAGGCCUUUUGUUGUCAGAUAGAUUGCACUUGGAUACAUGGCUCUGAUCUCUGUCCAUUGUGGAAGCUGUGUCAACUUCUUGACCAUGUAAGGGAGCCUACUUAUCAACAGUAUAAGCAGCAUGUAUCGAUGCCAGUUCUCCAUGGAACAUGCUGAGGUCAGAACACCCUCGGUUCUCUUUUUUUGGCCAUCCAAUUCAGUCAAAUUUUAUUCAGGUUGUAGAUGAUUAGUUAAUAAAGUGCAGUCAUUAACUGCCAGAACUCCUUCACACCCUAUCAGAUGAUAAAUUGAUGUGCAUGAAUUAUAUAUAUUUUUAGACAUUAUUUGACGUGUAUCUAUUUGUAUUUUAUGAGUAUAAUUUAUGUUUAUUGUAUCAUAUUUCGUUAUUAUGUCAUAUUUCUAUUCCUUUUA